AUGGAGAGAGAGAUCCAGGAGGGAUGGAACCAAGUUCACCAGAGAAAGAAAUUCGGGAGAGAGUUUGACAUAAAUGGGAAAACUGUAACUUUCUAUGUUCAGAACUUCCCUCCAGAUUGGAAUGAAGUGGCAUUAUGGCGGAUGUUCAGCAGAUUUGGGAUUGUUGUAGAUGUUUGUAUUGCCAAGAAACUGAUCCGUCUCAAGAAGAUCUUUGGGAAAGAGAUAGUGACUCGAAGGAAAAAUCCUCAAGACGUGGAAAGCAUACUUACACCCUCAGCAAGGAACCCAUGCACCCAUGCCAGGUCGUUUGUUGAUGUUGUCAAGGGGACAAAUAAAGAUAGAAAAGAGAAAAUAGAGGCUAAAGAGACGAAAACUACUGGGAAAAGUAUUAAGUUGCUAUCCUUUGGGAUGCCCAUUGAUCCAAUUAAGAUACUUGGGGGGUUAAACAUGCUCCUUGAAUUCGAAAGCACAAGUGAGAAGGAAGAGUUUCUAAAUAAUGGAAAAGAGAUUUGGCAACCAUGGUUCAAAAAUGUCACAUCCUGGGAAAUUAAACAUAAUUUCAAUGAACGAAUCGCGUCUCUAAUUAUCCAAGGUGUGCCCCAGCAUGCAUGGUGUGAAGAGGUUUUCAACAUCAUUGCGAGUAAGUGGGGGUUAGUGGUUAUUCCAGAAGAGUGUGAUAUUGAUUCUCCUAAUUUGGCAUUCGGGAGGGUUGGAAUCCUCGCAUCUCACCUCGGUAGCAUCAGUUCUUUUAUUACAAUUAUGGUGGACGGAACUCCAUAUAUGAUAAAUGUUAUGGAGGACAUCUUUGAAUCCCUGAAGCUCAGUCCGGUGCUUGGUGCAAAUGAUUUCUACCAGAAGAUGACAUGGUGGGAUGAAGAUAGUAUUGGUGAAAAUGACAGUCUCAAUAGUGAAGUCCCGAUUCAACCUGAGCAUAUGUUAGCGUCACCGGAAUCAUCCCCGACGAAGUUUCAGCAACCAAGUCACCGGGAAAGGGAAGAGGAACAGUCGUAUGGUAAUGUCUUAGGCUACGGAACCAAGGAGUCUCCUCGAAACUCCAAAUCUGGGGAACCUCAAAUGGCAAGCGUUCCGCCUCUGUCGUCGGACUUAGGUACUGCUAUGUCUGGAAAUACACCCUCCUUGUGCCUUAAUAGAAAAUGGGCCCAUUCCUCCCUUAAUACGAAUGGACAUCAUCCCAGUAAUUCUUUGGACUUAAACAGAGCCCCGUCUCAAUCUAUCCCAUCCAAAUCUUCAGAUCCCCACUCUGGUCGUAUUAACAGGCCAUCCACUCCAGUGCAUCCGUGUUUGCAUAAUGUCCCCUCUCCCAUUCAAAUAACCCCCUUCACUCUCCCCAUCGGUGUUCGCCAAAACUCGCAGGGGGAUCUGUCCAGGUCAUAA